AGGAGAAAGAAAGUGUGUUGUUAUUUACUAAUCAUAGUAUUAAUAUAUAAUCCUUGAGGAUUAAUGUUGGAAACUUCAAUGUGAAUAGAACACGCAGAGGAAUGAUAUAAUAAUAAAUUAAUAAUUGUAAAUUGACUUGUCGUUUAACAAGCAACAUCUUCGAUGUUUCCGUCUCAGCUAAAUAUGAUUUGAGUUGUUCAUUAUUCAAAUUUUUAUACUAAAAAAUCAUAAUUAUUCACCAAAGAAGCAAAGUCGCCGACGCCCUUGGAGACUUUGACUCUUUGAACGAGUAGAACUACAGAAGAAGGAGAAAAGAAUAUUACACUUUAUUGUUAAACGACAAUGUGAGUGAGUCAUUUACUUCCUUUUCAACUUCUUCUCUUCUAAAUCAAUAACCUAAAACCCUUCUUUUCUUUGCCCCACAAAAGAAAGACUCUUCUUUUAUCAUUAAAGCUUUCUGCUUUUAUUAUUUUCUCUGGGUUUUGGAAGGGAUAGAGCUAUUUAUUUAUGGCUGGAUUACUAGAGUUUGGUUUAGAUCUUCGAAUGGAAACCAGACAAGAACUCCACUUGGGUUUUCUAUUUAAGCUGAAUUUCAGGUAAUUCAAGUCGUUUUAAACAAUUGGGCUCUUUCUUUCUCUCUCUAUUUUUCUCUUCUUUACUUGAAACGUUUUCAGCUUUAGAUUUUUUUGGUUUUGGCCAUCUGGGUUUUUAAGAUCUAGGCGAAAAAUCCGAACUUUGUGACUUUUCUUCUUUAAUUUACUAAAUCAGAAGGUUUGACCUGAGUUGGGACAACCUAGGAUAUCUCUUCUUUAGGAAAUCAAUAAUAUUUGACUAUUUUAUUGAUCAAAUUUGGGUUUGUUCAAGCUUUACCUGAGAGAUUCAAUUGAAUUACAAACACUGAGGAAAAAAAGGGGAAUUUUUUGAAUUUGGUGGUUCCAUAAACAAAAUUCAGAUUCUGGGUCUUUUACAUUUCUGAGUUUUUAACUAUACAAAUGAUGGGAGGACAUUCUAGCAAACCGUCUAGUACUGAUUCAGUACAACCACAACCACAACUACAACCACAGACACAGACACAGCCACUGACACCACUUGAAUAUAGUAAAAAUUCACAGUAUGAAAUUGAUCUAAGCUCCUACGAGACAGCUUGUAAACAAGACCCUAGUUUACAGUCAUUUGAUGCUGUUCUUCAGGAGAGAACUAACAGAGUCAUUGGCACCCUUGCCACUGGACUUGAGGUUAGAUCUUUGUCUUUCAACUCACUCAAAGAGAUGACUGAUUGUUUACUUGAGAUGAAUCAAGAAGUGGUGAAAGUGAUAUUAGAGAACAAGAAAGAUAUAUGGAACAAUCAAGAGAUGUUUUCUCUUGUUGAGAUGUACUUUGAUAACAGUAUCCAAACUUUGGAUUUCUGUUCUGCUCUUGAGAAAUGUCUAAAGCGUACAAUGGGGAACCAGCUUAUAAUUCGAGCUGCGGUUAGGAAGUUUGAGGAAGAAACUGAAUGUGGUUCUAGUGGGAGUAGUAGUAGCUUUGCCAAGACAUUACAAGAACUAGCUCGAUUCAAGGAGGCCGGAGACCCUUUUACUGAAGAGUUCUUUGUGUUAUUUCAAUCUGUGUUUAAGCAACAGGUGACAAUGUUGGAAAAGUUGCAGAAAAGAAAGAGAAAGCUUGAUAAGAAACUGAAAUCUAUCAAGACUUGGAGGAAGGUAUCGAAUGUUAUUUUCGUGGCAACAUUUGUUUCGGUGUUGAUUUUCACAGUUGUGGCUGCUGCUAUUGCUGCACCGCCUGUUGUUACAGCCCUGCUGGGUGCAUUGGCUGUCCCGAUAGGCUCGGUUGGGAAAUGGUGUAAUGUGCUUUGGAAUCGGUAUGGAAAUGCUGUUAGAGGACAGAGAGCUUUAACCAGCUCAAUGCAGGUUGGAACUUUUGUUACACUCAAGGAUUUGGAGAACAUUAGGCUGCUUGUUAACAAGUUGGAAAUUGUGAUUGAGUCACUGAUGGUUCAUGCUGAAUUCGCUUUUACUCAAGAGGACUCUUUAAAGAUCGUUAUAGACGAGAUCAAGAAGAAGCUGGAAGUGUUUACUGAAACUACUGAGAGCUUAACUCAACAGAAUGAGAAGUGUAUUCAAGAAAUAACAAUGGCUAGGAGAGUGAUCAUACAGAGAAUAAUAAGGCAAUCAUCAAGUUGAGUGGCUAGACCUUUACUGGUUCGGGUUUUAGUUGCAAGUCGAAAACAUUUGUAAGGUAAAAAUUUCACCUCUUGUUCUUGGGUCAAAGACUUUGUUUGAUCCUUCUUAUAGGUGAAAAUUGGAUCAUCGCCAUUGUUGUUGAUCAGGCUUAUACUUUGUUGUAAUGAAUAUCUGAAAGUUUUUAUAUAGAAAAAUAUACAAUUUAUUUUAUUCAA